CGUAACAAGGUUGCCGUGAACCUGCGGAAGGAUCAUUGACACACUCAGUGAGCCCUUGGGUUGCGGGGUCAAUCGCAGCCCAAACCCCGGGUCGGCAGGUGCGGCGCUCGCGUUGCAUCGGCCUCCUGGGUGGGGAAAGCGCGUGCUCGCGUCCCGCUCGCAAAAAGGAAUCGGGUUCCACCCGUGCCCGGGCUGCGAGCGGCGACGAGAGAGAUGGCGGGCUCUCGCGUUCCUCCUAGGAGGAGGCGAGCGUCCAGAGCACGCUCGAGGGCACGGAAGGAUGACGACCGGCGUUCAGCCGGCUGCCGGAUCUCCGUGCCCGUGGCCUUGUCGGAGGAUCCGUCGGAACAAUGCAGGAACCCCACCUCAGGCCGUGCCCCGCGAGCGCGUCGGUCGUUUUGGCGAGCGAUCGGCGAGCUGGCGUGGUGCGGUGGCUCGAAAAAAGUCCGAGCACCGAUGGAUCCGUUGUGGUGCUGAACGGAAAGCGCACCCCGACAGGCAUGGGGCACCGCCCUGGUUGAUCCCAGACCUCGGCAAACGCCCCUAAGAACGAGUGACGAAACGACCGCCCUCGGGUCCUCCGGGUUGCUCGCAACUCGGGGGACCGGGCGAACCUCCUCUCGCAGGAGGUCAGGUUGCCGUCCCCUCUCACGCAGCGAGCUUAUUAGGGCCGCCACCCGAAAGGCUAGCCGCGAUCGGGAGCGAGGCAAGACGCGGACACGGUCGGCCUGGGCGGAGGGGUGGCACCCGAAGCUCUUUCCUUCCAGUUCGUGACGAGCCUCGACACCAGGGAAUGCAGCAACCCGGCGGCACCGGGCGUC